UAGUUGGACUGCAAGAGUUGUGGUGGGGACGAUCUUCGAAAGGCGUUCAGUGGUAGGAACUUUAUUUGAUUAUUUUUUCUUUCUCUGAAUGAGUCGAAGAAGAAAUCGAUAUUCUGCAGAGGAAAUCCAAAUGUACAAGGUGAGUGGAAAGGUUUCGAAAGGCUUAUUUUGAUUCAUAGUGUUGUAAGGUGAUGGAAGUUAAUUAGGGAAGCUGGCGAUUCAAGAAUGUUUGAUUGAGAGAUUUCAGUUUUGAGUUGCUGUUUACAGUUCGUAGUGAGUUAAAAUUGGGCGCACAGACUGGUUUCGGUACAGGGAAGUCAAUUUCGGUGCUGAUCGAGAAAUGGCGUGGACUUGUGUAAGAUCUAAGGUUAGAGCAUCUUUACAGUUAAAGUGGAGAAGUUUAGUAAGGAUUUAAAGGGAAUAGCUUAUGAGAUCAUGGAGCAGAUCGGUCGAGGAGCUUUUGGAGCGGCAAUCCUUGUCAAUCACAAAUUGGAGAAGAAGAAAUAUGUUCUGAAGAAAAUCCGGCUAGCUAGACAGACCGAUCGUUGCAGAAGAUCUGCUCAUCAAGAGAUGGCUCUCAUAGCACGAAUCCAGCACCCUUACAUUGUGGAAUUCAAGGAAGCAUGGGUAGAAAAGGGCUGCUAUGUUUGCAUCGUCACUGGAUACUGUGAAGGUGGAGACAUGGCUGAGUUGAUGAAAAGAUCAAAUGGGGAAUUGUUUCCAGAAGAGAAACUCUGCAAGUGGUUCACUCAAUUGCUAUUGGCGGUCGAAUAUUUGCAUUCAAACUAUGUUCUUCACAGAGAUCUGAAGUGUUCCAACAUCUUUCUCACAAAGGACCAGGAUAUCCGCCUUGGGGAUUUUGGACUUGCUAAAACUUUAAAGGCAGAUGAUUUGGCUUCCUCUGUCGUUGGAACUCCUAAUUACAUGUGUCCAGAACUGCUUGCUGAUAUCCCUUAUGGCUUCAAAUCUGAUAUCUGGUCUCUAGGAUGCUGUAUAUAUGAGAUGGCGGCACGUCGCCCUGCCUUUAAAGCUUUUGAUAUGGCAGGACUGAUAAGUAAGAUAAACCGUUCCUCCAUCGGUCCUUUGCCUGCAUGCUAUUCCUCUACAUUGAAAUCACUUAUCAAAAGCAUGCUGAGAAAGAACCCAGAGCAUCGGCCAAAUGCAUCCGAGAUCGUAAAGCAUCAUUAUUUGCAGCCAUAUGUUGAUCAAUGCCGUAUAUCUUCUAUUCUGCCUAGUGCCUGUUCCCCAGAGAAGCCAAUCUCCACUGCACGUCAUGCUCAAAAGAGCAUGGCUGAAAGCCAAAGCAGCUACACUUCUAGCAGUGAUAAAGAUAGCCUAAUAUCAAGUGAGAAAAACAUGAUGGAAUUGGUGGUUAACUGUGAUCAUAAGGCUGCUGCUGACACAGAUAUGGCUUCAACUGAUGAUGGAAUGGACUAUGAGGAACCACUUUUAGGCAUUGAACAUGGCAAUCACAGAUCCACUGUCAAAACAGAUGACGAGGUGAUGAAACCCUCUCGUGAUGCACAGAGACCUAAAGUUGAAUCAAAACAACCGAAAAACAUCAAGAAUAUACCAAUGUCUCUGAAAGAAGAGGGAAAAGUUAGAGAGAACAGUUCUCCAAUGAGAGGCAAUCGUUUAAAGGCUGGAGGUGUAUUGAGCCACAAAGCUAACAUAGAAGCAUCACCCAAAGUCAUGAAAUCCAGUGCUGUUCCUUCUGGUUUCAAGCCUACUUCAGAGACACCAGCUGUUGGGGCAGCAAAGGGGAACAGUGAUCCUGUGAAACGAAUCCCUGGGUCACAUCCUUUGAAGCAUCUGUUACCUGCUUUUGAAUCUGCACCAAAGACGAAAGCCAAAUAUGAUGGGACAUCACCCCCUGGGCCCGUGAAACAUUCUGCAGAAGAUGGACUACUGGCUAAGACUAGGCAAAAGACUCCACCUUACAAUCUGGCCAGAAGAUCUUCCUUUUCAGGACGAUCGAGGUCUAUUGGGCUUGAAACCCCAGUUGCUGCGAACCAUGACAUGAAACCAGGCCCAAGUGAGGCUACACUAGAGCCUGAGAUGACUCAUAACCUGACACCCAAUAGUGUCAAUCAUGACACUCAGAUUGUAGUGAUACCUGAAAAGAUUCUAGUGGGAGCAUCAAAAGAGAAACAAACUGACAGCAGCAAUUCAAUCUCAUCAUCAAAGUCGACUCUAAGUUUUGAGCAGUGCAUUGGGCUUGAAACCCCAGUAGCUGUGAGAAAUGACAUGAAACCAGACCAAAGUAAGGCUAGACAAGAUCCUAAAACAACUUGUAACCUGACACCCAAUGGUCUCUAUCAUAUCCCACAAAUUGUAGUAACGUCUGAAAAGACUCUAGUGGGAGCAUCCAAAGGAACACAAACUGACAGUAGCAACUCACUCUCAUCAUCAAAGUCAUCUCAAGGUCUUGAGCAAUGCAAUGUGGUAACCACUGCCCCAUGGACUAACUCGACAGAACAAAGCAACUCUUGUUCAUCAAGCCUGAUACUUCAGCAUUAUGAUAGACUCCCCCGAACUGGAAGAUUGGAGACUCAUAAGAAGGAAUGCAGCAAUUCAUUGUUAUCAUUGAAGUCGGACCAAUGUCUUCCUCCAAUUGAAAUUUCAGAGGCUCAUCCAAAUAUACACAGCAAUCCAUUGUCAUCGCCGAAGUUUGAGCUUUGUGACGAGGUAGCAGCUGCCUCUUCUACAUUUAUAAAGGAACAAAACAACUGUUAUUCAUCAAACCUGCCACUUCAUCCUGAUGAGAGACACUUUCAAAUUGAAAGUUUGGAGACUCAUCCAAAAGAAUACAGCAAUUCAUUGUCUUCAUCAAAGUCAACGCAAGGUUUUGAACAUUAUGAGAAGAUAGACGAUGUCCCUUUGUCAGAUUUCAAGGAACAAAAUGAGUCUUGCCUGUCAAAUGUGAAAGUUCAUCGUGAUAAGAGACUACCUCAAGCCGAAAUGUCAAAAGGUCAUCCAUCUAGUUGCUUGGUUCCUUCAUAUCUGAACUCUACCAGGCUGGAAAAUUUGUCAGUGGAAAACAAUGGAGAUGAUUGUUUAUCCAUAUCACAUACAAUGGCAUGUGACACAAAAUUAGAUCAUGAGGAAAGUACUACCAGCAACGAUGAAUUGAGUUCAAGCAUAGACAUUGAGCCCACUUUCCCAAGCUCUCACCAGGAAUAUGUCUGUAAAGAUGAGGUCUCUAUAACCAGGCCUAAUAGUAGAUCAGGUAUGAUUCUCCAGUCAAACCAUCCUCCACUGAGUGGCAAUGACAAGUUUACUGUGAAGGAACUCCUGUCAUCUGUGACAGAAAUUACACCUUCCAUUUCAGCUACCCGAAAGAACUUUCAUCCAGAGGUGUCUGUCAUGGCAAGUCCAGUGAUUGAGAAGCCAACUGCUGCUCAUCUUAUGCCAGCCUUUGAUGAUGUCAUACAUGUAAUACGGCAUAGCAGCUUCCGUGUUGGGAACGAGCAGCCUGUUAUGGAAACAAUGGAGAUGGGGGUUCACAAUAUGGAUGUUGGGAAGCUACUAAACGUAGUAAGGGAAGAGGUGGAGAUGAGGAACGCAACACCGCUGACAACUUUGAAGUCAUCAAAUUGCUCGGAGGUAACAACUGUAAAAUCGAAUUUUUCAGACAGCUCUGGGGUCAAGGAAAUCAACGUGAGGAACCAAACCGAGGAAAUUGAUGAAAGGAGCCUACCUGCACCACCAGCAUCAAGUCCAAAACUUGAUUGCUCUGAACCAACAAUUUUGAACUCAUCUGAGGCUACUGUUACUGGUGUCAAUGAAGACAGGAACACUGCAAAGGAAACUUUGGAUGUGAAAUCUUUUAGGCAGAGGGCGGAUGCACUUGAAGGGCUGCUAGAGCUGUCCGCAGAUUUGUUGCAGCAAAAUAGAUUGGAAGAGCUUGCAGUUGUUUUGAAGCCUUUUGGGAAGGAUAAAGUCUCUCCACGUGAGACAGCAAUCUGGUUGGCAAAGAGUCUCAAAGGAAUGAUGAUUGACGACUCUGGACGGAGUGUGUGAGCAUAGAGAGAUCUUGGCUGUAAGUUGCCUUAAUGUCACCAGUAUCUCUCUGCACCUGUUACAAGGUAGCCUUUUUACCGAUGCUUUCAACCGUUCAAGUUCCAUUUUGAAUUGUCAACAGAACUGAGUGAACUCUUUUUUGCCUGUAAAUUUUUUUCUAUUCUUUUUAAUUGGGAGAGAAGUAUGUUGUAUAUAUUCAGUGUACCUAUAGUUAAAUAAAUCCAAUGUUUCAUCAAAACAAGAGAAU